UUGGACUGGUUCACCAACUCUUCGAAGUACCACUCCGGGUUUUGUCAGCUCUACAUACCAAUCAUCACAACGUCGCCAUGAGUGCUUUAUCACUUCGCAGUUAUGGAGGCAGCCGAGGCUCAUCCUCCAUGUCUCUCGGAGGAGGGUACCAGAGUCGCAUCGCAUCACGGGCACCAAGCGUCUAUGGAGGGGCAGGGGGACAGAGUGUCCGCGUAUCUUAUGCUUCGGGCACCAGGAGCGGUUUUGACCUGUCCAGUGCGCUUGGAGGUGACAAUGGCAGCUAUGGUAGUCAUGCAGUGUCGGUCAGCGAGAAGGCUACCAUGCAGAACCUCAACGACCGUUUGGCCACCUACCUGGAGAAGGUGCGCUCCUUGGAGACGGCGAAUGCCCAGCUCGAGCGUCAAAUCCGCGAGUGGUACGAGAAGAAGACACCGGUCAUCAGUGAUUACAGCAAAUACGAUGCUACUCUUGCCGACCUGCGCAGAAAGAUCAGUGCUGCCACUCUGAGCAACGCCAGUAUCAUCCUGCAGAUAGACAAUGCCAAACUGGCAGCAGAAGACUUCAAAGUCAAGUUUGAGAAUGAACUGAUUAUGCGUCAGUCGGUGGAGGCAGACAUCGCUGGACUGAGGAAGGCUCUGGACGAGUUGACCAUGUCCCGUUCAGACCUGGAAAUGCAGAUUGAGGGGCUGAAGGAGGAGCUGGUCUACCUCAAGAAGAACCAUGCAGAGGAGAUCGCUGCCUUGCGGGCCCACUUGAGCACCAGCUCAGUGAACGUAGAGGUGGACGCAGCGCCCCAGCAGGACAUGGCCAGGAUGAUGGAGGAGAUCCGAACUCAGUACGAGGGCAUCACCGAGAAGAACCGCCGCGACAUGGAGUCCUGGUACAAGGACAAGUUUGAUGAGCUGAACAAGGUGGUGGCCAGCAGCACAGAGACCCUCCAGACGUCCCGCAGCGAGAUAAACGAGCUCAAGAGGACCAUGCAGGCACUGCAGAUCGAGCUGCAGUCCCAGCUCAGCCUGAAAGCAGCCAUGGAGGGCCAGCUGAAUGAGACCGAGUCCCGUUACAGCAUGCAGCUGAACCAGCUCCAGGGCAUGGUCAACAGCCUGGAGGAGGAGCUGGGUCGCAUGAAGACGGACAUCGAGAGGCAGGCCAGCGAGUACCGCAUGCUCCUGGACAUCAAGACCCGGCUGGAGAUGGAGAUCGCUGAGUACAGGAGGCUGCUGGAUGGAGAGGAUGUCGGGAGAACUGUCAUCACCAAGAAGGUUGAGACUGUUCAGGUCCAAAAACUGCCAGUGGUGACAAAGAGAGUGCGGACGGUGAUCGAGGAGAUGGUCGAUGGAAAGGUGGUCUCCCGUACAGAGGAUGUGGACAUGGAGGUCCCGCAAAACUAGAUCCCUUGCCCUCAACCCACCCAAACCCACCCGUCAUUAAAAGCCUGGCUCCGCCUACAGCUAAAAGGAAUACCAGAAAUGUUAAAAUGUUAUAAUCUCCUCUGGAUGGCAUCGCUUUGGUGUUGCCUGUAUGCUCGGUGAAUGUACAACACUGUGCAAUCUUUGAUACAUUUACCAUAUUUGAUAUUUAAGUUGACAAAACAAACAUGCUUUUGAAUAUCAUUGUUGAUCAAAUGAUCAUGUAUGAUGUUUGGUUGAAUUGUCCCAAAAUACAUAAUAAAACAUGUUUCACUACCA